CUAUUGUAGGAAAGUGACUCACUCGAUAUCGGAGGUGGUCAGCAUGGCCAGGUACCCGAAGUAUCAUGAAUAUGGAUUUCUGUUUUAGAUGUGACCAAGCCUCGUUUACCAAUUGGGUUACGCGAGGCGGAAGAAGGAUUUCAUCGUACGGGCCUGGGCAAGGUUCGCAACCGGUCGCUGGUGUGUGUAAUACGCUCACCUAAAUAUGAAGUCUCCUACUAGAUGAACCGAAGGAAGAUGACUGUCCUUUAUAUAGAGCCUAAAAUUGUUGGGUUCGUCUCCGGUAGUACCUAUCAGGUAGCCAGUACGAGGUCAAUUUCUACUAACAUGUCGCCGACACCUGGAGUUCGUUCCCUGGAAGGGUUCAGUAUGAUUGGCACUGAGGUAUAUCUUCGGGAUAUCCGUGAGCAAGGCCAGGACUUGGAUACUACAUCACCAAACGUCAUUUUGAUAUUCGGGUGGAUGGGAGCACAAUUCAGACAUUUGCGGAAUUACACCCAUGCAUAUACCAAAUUAUAUCCAAACGCGUCUCAAAUCGUUGUUCGGUGCAAUACCGACAUGCUCUGGACUACAAUUAGUACUAGGGAACGGCGCCUCAUGCCUGUAAUCGAUGCUUUAGAAGCAUUGCAUUGCUUGCCGUCCUCUUCUGCCCAAAGGCGUCCCCGAAUACUAACCCACGUGUUUUCUAAUGGAGGAUCCCUGCAAGUGACAUGUCUUAGUCACAUGCUACAGCAGAAAUAUGGUUCUGCAUCCGUUCAAGGACCACUCACGAGCGCAUUGAUCCUUGACUCAUGCCCAACGAUUACCAGAUUAAAAGCGCUCAAACUCGCGUUAAGCGCUAUCGUCCGGAACCCAAUUGUCAGAUAUAUCGUACUCACCUUCGCGCAUGUGAUGUACUUCGUCCGCUUCGGCCUAUCUCUGCUGCUCGGUAGCCAAAUGAUGUUGGUUGCAGAUGUCCACACCGACAUGUGGAAUCCCUGCGUCCUGCCUUGGAUGGGCAUCCACACACCCCGCCUCUAUCUUUUCUCGCGCAAGGAUAAAUUGAUUCUGUGGCAAGAGGUCAUGCACCAUGCCAAGACAGCAAAGGAGCGCGGAAUGGAUGUCCGGUGCGAGCUAUUUGAAGAGAGCGAACACGUAAUGCACAUCCGGGUCGAGCCAGAGAGGUAUUGGUCUUCGGUACAGGAGGUCUGGGUGGUAGCAAUGUCCAAGGAGAAAGACGAACAGAGAAUGUCGCAAGUUCUACCAGCUCGACAGCAAAUAUUGGGCCCUCGGCAGCAUCGCAGUUUCCUUUAG